UCAGGGACCACCAGCGGUUGGCGGCUCGGGAGGCAGUUACUCGCGCUCUCGCUUUCCCAAGAUGGCGGCCGCGAAGGACGGUUGUGGCUUAGGAGAAGUGGCCACAGGGAACGGGCGGCGGCUCCACCUAGGGAUUCCUGAGGCCGUGUUUGUGGAAUGGAAGAAGAGACUGAUGAUAGAGUCAGAGUGUGAAGGCUUUGUGUGUCCUGCUAAGGAAUUGAGGCUUUUAUCCAGUAGGCAACGGGCUGUCAUUAGAAGGUAUCUAAAUAAAGGCACGACUGACCUAUUUACAAUACUGUCAUUUUUUUUUUUGAAGGAGUCCACCAGUUCACUGGAGACCAGAUUCUUACUGGCAGAUAACCUGUAUUGCAAAGCUUCAGUUCCUCCUACUGAUAAAGUGUGUCUGUGGUUGGGGGCUAAUGUAAUGCUUGAAUAUGAUAUUGAUGAAGCUCAGGCAUUGUUGGAAAAGAAUUUAUCGACUGCCACGAAGAAUCUUGAUUCUCUUGAGGAAGACCUUGACUUUCUUCGAGAUCAAUUUACUACCACAGAAGUCAAUAUGGCCAGGGUUUAUAAUUGGGAUGUAAAAAGAAGAAACAAAGAUGAUUCUACCAAGAACAAAGCAUAAUGCUGACAAUUAAAAAUGUGGUUCAGUUUUCCAAACAUGUUAUUUUAAAUACCCCAAAGUUUAUCCCUAAAGGUUGACAUGACUUUGACUGAUUUUUUUUUUUAACAGUAAGAACGAUAAUUAAAACUUAAAAGAAGAUAAACAUCAUUUUAUUAUAAAAACAAAAUUGGUUUCAAAUAUUUUAUGAAAUUAGCAGUAUUUUAAUUUUUCAUUUCCAACAAAGUAAAUGCUACUUUCAUCAUUUUUUUGGUUUGUCAUAAAAAAGUCUUAGCUGAAAUGGCUGAGGUAUGCUAUGGGAGCUGAAUUCUGGACACUUUUCUUUAUUGGCUGAUGUUACUCUCACUUGAUGUGGUUAAACCAGUGUAGAGGUAGGAAAAACAGUUAGUUUAAAUAUUUCCAAACUUGUUUUCUUUAGUACAUAAGGGGCUUUAUGGCUCUCUGUUGCUGUUAUUUGUCUUAUAUAAAUGGAUUUUCAUGAAUUACUGCUUAGCCAAUAACUAUUAUAAUAUUCUGUACUUUUUAAGAAAUGGUAAUUUGCCUUCCUAAACAGUAAGAGGGCUAUUGAGACAACGCUUUUUCUUACCGCAUAGAAGUGCACAGUGUCUUUGCGAUGCCAACAUAAGGGGGAUCUUGGCCAACAUGAAAUAACAAAAUUCUUUAGCCACUCAAAACUCUUGGCUAAGGCAAUUUUGUAUUUCUUAACAGUUCGCCAAAGCAGCUGAACAAGAAUAUUAAGAUAAAUAUAAAUCUGCGGUGGUUGAAAAGAUUUGUGAGCUUUUUUAUUCAUGAUAAAACCUCAUAGGAAGAGUAGAAAAAUCCCUGUGGAAAGUCAUUGGUCCAGCGGCUAGCACUGGGUGAUACAGAUUCUGAUAAAAAAUGUAUUAUUCCAUCUCCAUGUAGUACAACAUAUACUCGUACAAUGUUUUGUACUUGCAUUUCAUGAUAUUAAAACAUUGAAGUUAAAACUG